GUCGGAUGCUAAUUAUAGGUAUGUCAUCGCCACUACUUUUUCGCUGCUGUGCCACUUUCCUUCUGGCGUGUAUUGAUGUGCAUAUAUUGCCUUAUGCUGCAACCACGCCACGUCACCUCGCUGUACAUCACGGACAAGCUGCAACAUCAACGCCACUGAUUCUCCUACCAGUACUAGUAGUAAGUGAAAAUUCCGCCUGCAAAAAAAGUUUGAACUAAGGUUUGAACUGCGGCUUUUUCAGAGUUACUAGCUGUAUGUCACUUCACCGGCUUUAACAGGCAUCCAAUGACGCCACUAGCUCUUAUCUUGCUGGCGGUGUGUCAUGCACAAUGCACCCUCCAUAGUUGCUCCGCAGCAAUCUAUAAACCCAGUCCAUCUCAGUCUACGGUGAUGCUUGCCGUUGAUAUCAGUUUUUUGUCGGUUCCACCUGUCCAGAAUCAAGUGUCUGCAAUCCUUGUAUUGUAUAUGUCUACCCUCUGCGCCUUGGGCUCGUUAGUGAUCUCACUAGUCCUGGCUGGACAAGUCAAUGACAGCCGGCGGGACUCCGCUGAAAGCGUGGCCUCGUUCAUGGAAGAAAUGUCGCAAUCUGUGCUCGGCCUCGAGAGCCUUGCACUCAUGCUCAGCCUGCCGUAUGCUCUUCUGAUCUGGGGCGUUGUCCACCGUAAUUUAUUGCACUUCCGACGUUGUCACCAUCUCGAUCAUUCUCUCCAAUUUGGGCUGCCAUAUUUAUCCUGUCGACGUGGCCGGUACUAGUUACUAAUAGUAUCCAUGUAUCCCACGUGAGUCCCUGGAUCGCGAAACAGAUGUCGUAUUUCAGAUCAUGUGAACGUGACACUUGCAAGUUGUUCUACUCCUCCGCCAGUACUUCAGUCCUCAAGCCUAGGCUCGAGAACAGCCUGGUCUA